UAAGAUUGAUAUGCACAAAAACAAUUGUUAAUUGUAUAAAUCUAGCACACGCGAAAAAUGAAAACCAAGUAAUGAAUCAAAUGAUACUUGAAUGAUAUUUUCUUGUUAUCAUGAGGCGAGUGCAAUUUGACCGGAGCGUACCGCCUCAAUCUAGUAGUCGUGCUGCAACUCACCAGCCAAUCACAGCUUACCAGCCGAGCUGGGUUACGACUCAUGACGGCGAACGAAUUUCGUCAAAGUACGAUUCAAUUCAUACGAAAUUACCUCAGUACGAACAACAUAGAGAAGUCGACGGCUGGCAGUUUGACCUCAACCCUGCAUAUAUUGACAACUAUCCCCUACAUUACGACCCUUCGCAGCCAUUUUUACAAACUCAGUAUCGGCUAAAUGAGCAACCAAGAACUUCGAUUUUUAAGACCAACCAGCCAAUUGUUUUGACAAGCCACGACGAAAUACCGACCCAAAAAUACACUCCUCAUGUAGUUGAAGAAAUAAAUGAUGGUUCCAGUUGUACAGCAAACUUUCCUACUUUCUCCAAUUUUGAGGAACUGAAUCUUGUAGGGAACGUUCAGCAGAGAUUUCGAAGAAUUGGAGAACCUUCCGAGAGAUCAGAGAAGGAUCAAUCAAGAUCAGUCAGAUUCGAUGAAGUUAUAGCCGGACCUAAACCAAUCAGUUAUCUGAGCUCAACAGUUCCAGGAAACUCAAAACAACCUAAGCCAAGCCAGAUGCCGAUUAGAUCAUCGGCAAGAAGACCACGUGAUCGAUCGUUAAGAGAAAGUUUGGCAGGAUAUUCUGAUCUCAGCUUUGCGUCUCAAAGGUCAAAUGACGUGUCAACUUCAGCAGAAGAUAUAAUCAGGACGGGACCAAGAUGGCGUCGGGUUCAGGAUAACCCGGUUGUCAUACCCUAUGACGACAUCGAAAGUUACGAGAAAGAGUUUUUCAUAUUUUAUACCAAGUUCAAAGAUCCAACUUUUCCGCAUAACUUACCAAGGGGAAUCCGAUGGUACAAUGUCCCUACAAAUUGGGAAAGUGUGCAUCAAGGUGGCUUACGAGUUUAUCCCAAAAGUGGUACCGACUUUUGGCAGCAGACUUAUUUUGGAAACGACGAAAGCAAAGAUUCUGGACACUUUUUAUACUUACCAUGCACACAUUCCAAAGUUCUUUUAGAAACUAGUUUGACUCUGACACCUCGCGACCAGAAUGAUCAAGCUGGGGUUAUGAUUCGGUACGAUAGGCGAAAUUGGAUCCGAGCUGGACUUGAAUUUAUAGAUGGUUGCUACCAACUAACUUGUGUGUGUACUAUAAACGGCUUCAGCGAUUGGUCAAUUCAGGAACACAAAGGCGGCAGGUCAAUUGAAUUCAAACUCUACGUUCUAGACGAUGAUGUCAUAAUUGAACAUAGAAGUCCUCACUCUGAAAAUAACCGCAUAUGGAAAAUUCUGAGAGUUGCCCAUUUGGACACCAAAAAUAUUCUACCCAAAGCCAGUCAACCAGAAUAUGAAAGGACAGAAACCGGGCAGAGAAUUCACCGAAUGGUCGGACUUUACACGUGCAGACCUUCGAACUCAGCUUCUGACGCAAUAAGUUACGUAACUUAUUAUUUCAUGAGUGUAAGACACUGUGAACAGUACGAAAGAAAUGAGCAAGAGGAGCCUCUUCAAAUUCCAGACGAUACCUACGGAAACUUCCGCAAAAUUGCAGGACCAUUUAUAGCAGACGAAGAUUAUUUUAUUGAGCCUGAUCAGCCCAAGAUAAAAACUUUUGAGAUUUACUGAUGCUAAAACAGUUUGAUAGACAU